AUGUACCUCUCCCACAAGCGUCUGGCCAUUACCAUGAUGAAGACGCUCAUGGGAAUUGGCACCGGAAAAGACCAACCGGUGUACAUUGAGGUGGUGACAAAGAUCCUUCGCGAAAUGGCCACAGAAUCUCAAGGGAAACCGUUCAAUUAUAACGAGUUUAAAAUCGUAUCGAACAGGCGGGAUUCCUAA